CGCACUACCCGGCUUCCACCGCUUCACGACACCGUCACUCUCGCCUAGCUAUCCAAUGGCCACUCCUCCUCCCCACCGCCGCCUCCUCCUCCUCCUCCUCGUGCUGAUCCCGACCCUGUCGCGAGGCGGCGUCGGCGGGAGCGGCGGCGGCGGCGAGGCGACGAAGACGUACAUCUUCCGCGUCGACCACAGCGCCAAGCCGUCGGUGUUCCCCACCCACGCGCACUGGUACUCCUCGGCCGCCUUCGCCUCCGGGGCCGGCGGCGCCCCGCUCGAGCCUCUCCACGUCUACGACACUGUCUUCCACGGCUUCUCCGCGUUGGUUUCCGCGUCCCGCGCCGACGCGCUGCGGCGCCACCCGGCCGUCCUCGCGGCGUUCGAGGACCAGGUCCGGACGCUGCACACCACCAGGUCGCCGCAGUUCCUGGGCCUCCGCGCCCGGCUUGGCCUCUGGUCCCUCGCGGACUACGGCUCGGAUGUUAUCGUCGGGGUGCUGGACACCGGCGUGUGGCCCGAGCGCCGCAGUCUGUCUGAUAGGAAUCUCCCGCCCGUCCCCUCCCGGUGGCGCGGUGGCUGCGACGCGGGACCCGGGUUCCUGCCGUCGUCCUGCAACAGGAAGCUCGUCGGAGCGCGGUUCUUCUCGCAGGGCCACGCGGCGCACUAUGGCCUUACGGCCACGGCGUCCAACGGGUCGGUGGAAUUCAUGUCGCCGCGCGAUGCCGAUGGACACGGGACGCACACGGCCACGACGGCGGCCGGCAGCGUUGCCUACGAUGCGAGUAUGGAGGGGUACGCGUCCGGCGUCGCUAAGGGCGUCGCGCCCAAGGCCAGGGUGGCCGCCUACAAGGUUUGCUGGAAGGGAGCUGGUUGCCUCGACUCCGACAUCCUCGCCGGAUUCGACCGCGCCGUUGCAGACGGCGUAGACGUCAUCUCUGUCUCCAUCGGCGGUGGCAAUGGCGUUGCGUCGCCAUUCUACCUUGACCCCAUCGCGAUCGGUGCGUACGGCGCCGUGUCGCGGGGAGUGUUCGUGGCCACCUCCGCGGGCAAUGAGGGUCCUACUGCCAUGUCUGUGACCAACCUGGCGCCAUGGCUAGCCACCGUGGGUGCCGGCACCAUCGACCGCAAUUUCCCUGCCGAAAUCGUGCUCGGCGACGGGAGGCGCAUGUCAGGGGUUUCUCUGUAUUCUGGCAAGCCGCUGACGAACACCAUGUUGCCAUUGUUCUACCCGGGGCGAUCAAGUGGGCUGUCAGCUUCGUUGUGUAUGGAGAACUCCAUCGACCCAUCCAUGGUGUCCGGCAAGAUUGUCAUCUGCGACCGCGGCAGCAGCCCGCGCGUGGCGAAGGGGAUGGUCGUGAAGAACGCCGGUGGCGUGGCAAUGGUUCUCGCCAACGGAGCGGCCAACGGUGAAGGUCUUGUAGGAGACGCCCAUGUCCUCCCUGCUUGCUCGGUGGGCGAGAGCGAGGGCGACACGCUCAAAGCGUAUGCUGCCAAUACCACCAACCCAACUGCAACAAUCAACUUCAAGGGCACGGUCAUCGGCAUCAAGCCGGCGCCCGUGGUGGCCUCCUUCUCGGCGCGGGGCCCCAACGGGCUCGUCCCAGAAAUCCUCAAGCCGGACUUCAUCGCCCCCGGCGUUAACAUCCUCGCGGCGUGGACGGGCGCCACGGGCCCAACCGGCCUGGAAUCCGACCCUCGGCGGACGGAGUUCAACAUCCUCUCGGGGACCUCGAUGGCGUGCCCGCACGCGAGCGGCGCCGCGGCGCUGCUCCGGUCCGCGCACCCCGGGUGGUCGCCGGCGGCCAUACGCUCCGCGUUGAUGACCACGGCAGUCGUCACCGACAACCGCGGCGAGGCCGUGGGCGACGAGGCCGAGCCCGGGCGAGGCGCGACGCCGUUCGACUACGGCGCCGGGCACAUCAACCUGGGGAAGGCGCUGGACCCGGGGCUGGUGUACGACAUUGGGGACGACGGCUACGUCGCGUUCAUGUGCAGCAUCGGCUACGAGGCCAACGCGAUCGAGGUGAUCACGCACAAGCCCGUGGCGUGCCCCGCGGCGAGCAGGAGCCCCUCGGGCUCCGACCUGAACUACCCAUCGAUCUCCGUCGUGUUCUACGGCGGCAACCAGUCCAAGACAGUGGUCCGCACGGCGACCAACGUCGGCUCCGACGCGUCCGCGACGUACAAGCCUCGCGUGGAGAUGGCAAGCGACGCCGUGUCCGUAACCAUCAAGCCGGAAAAGCUCGUCUUCUCCCCGACCGUCAAGACGCAGAGCUUCGCCGUCACAGUCGCCUCGUCAUCCCCUUCUCCCCCCACGUCCGCGCCGGUGUACGGACACCUCGUAUGGUCGGACGGCGGCGGGCACGAGGUCCGGAGCCCCAUCGUGGCGGCAUGGCUGCAGCCCAUGUGACUGACAAGUGGGGACACCUCACACCUGGUCCCACUAGCUGGCGAUAAAAAUGGCGGCAACCGCUGAGGCCGAGUCAAAAGAGGUGGGCCUGUAACGGUUAUUUUUUCGGUCGGGGACGGCAGUGCAGCGGGCAGUGGUUGUCUUUAAUUUUGGUGGGGCCGUGGCACUCUCCCGAAAUUGAUUAAAGCGCAUGCUGUAAUAGCGCAGAGUACAGUGACAGGCAGGCGUGGUGUGUGUUUGACAGUGUGACAUACUAGAGCCGGUGUGAUACGGUCUACUGUUCGGUACUACUCGUUUGUUUGCUUUCGCGGGCAACGCUACUUGCCAGGAGCAACGGGAAAGAAAAUCUGGAAACAAGACAAAAACUAGUGCGUAGAUUAUACACUCCUACUGAUGGCAGUAGAAUGAGUGUUUCUAUGUGGGAUAUCUGAGGAGGAUUCUAAAUAUAAAUCGAAGUUUUUGUCUUUU